AUGACUUCUAAUCAGACUGUAUCUGUCACAAAAUUAUAUAAAAAGUUAAAAAAAGUUGGAAAAGGUGCUUAUGGUUCAGUUUAUAUGGGAAUAAAUACACAGACGAAUAAAGUAAUUGCUAUAAAGAUAUUAAAUUUGGAUACUGAAGAAGAUGAUGUAGAUGACAUUCAACGGGAAAUUUCAUUACUAUCUCAAUUAACACAUGCCCGUUCUCAAAAUAUUACACCUUAUUAUGGAUGUUUUUUAAAUGGUACAAAAUUAUGGAUUAUUAUGGAUUAUGCUGCUGGUGGAAGUGUUCGAACUAUAAUAAAGUCAGGAAAUAUUGAAGAGAAAUACAUUGCAGUUAUUACUCGAGAAAUUUUAUUAGCUCUAUCCUAUCUGCAUAAAAAUCAAAUUAUUCACAGAGAUAUUAAAGCGGCAAAUAUUCUUUUAACAGCUGAAGGAAAUGUACAACUAUGUGAUUUUGGCGUAGCAGCAGCCAAUUCAUUUCGAAGACAAACAUUUGUUGGCACUCCAUACUGGAUGGCUCCUGAGGUUAUUAGGGAAGGUGCCUCAUAUGAUUAUAAGGCUGACAUUUGGUCUUUGGGUAUUACAGUUUAUGAAAUGGCUAUGGGUAAUCCACCUUUAGCUAAUGUAGAUCCUAUGAGAGCUAUUUCUAUUAUACCAAAAUCACCACCACCAAGAUUACCAGAUACAUUUUCAAUUGCUAUUCGUGAAUUUGUGGAUUCUUGUUUAUCAGAACAUCCUAAUGAUAGAUUAAAUGCAGACGAAUUAUUAAAAUCAAGAUUUAUUAAAAGCGUAAGUAAGGUGCCUAGAUCGAUCUUAAGAAACCUUAUUGCGCGUUAUGAAAAAUGGAAAAAAUCAGAUGAUGCAUCAAAACGUAGCAGUAUAAUAUCGAAUGAUAUAAGUGACAGGUAA